AUGUCCAACAGCAGCUCCAUCAGCGAGUUCCUCCUCCUGCCAUUCGCAGACACGCGGCAGCUGCAGCUCCUGCACUUCGCGCUCUUCCUGGGCAUCUACCUGGCUGCCCUCCUGGGCAACGGCCUCAUCCUCACAGCCAUAGCCUGCGACCGCCGCCUCCACACCCCCAUGUACUUCUUCCUCCUCAAUCUCGCCCUCCUCGACCUGGGCUGCAUCUCCACCACUGUCCCCAAAGCCAUGGCCAAUUCCCUCUGGGACACCAGGGCCAUUUCCUACUCAGGAUGUGCUGCACAGGUCUUUCUUCUCCCCUUUCUCAUGUCAGCAGAGUAUUUUCUUCUCACUGUCAUGUCCUACGACCGCUACGUUGCCAUCUGCAAGCCCCUGCACUAUGGGAGCCUCCUGGACAGCAGAGCUUGUGCCCAGAUGGCAGCAGCUGCCUGGGGCAGUGGCUUUCUUGAUGCUGUCCUGCACACUGCCAAUACAUUUUCCCUGCCCCUCUGCCAAGGCAAUGCUGUGGACCAGUUCUUCUGUGAAAUCCCCUCGAUCCUCAAGCUCUCCUGCUCAGACUCCUACCUCAGGGAAAUUGAGCUUCUCACGUUUAAUGGUUUUCUGUUUUGCGGGUGUUUUCUUUUCAUUUUUUUCUCUGAUGUGCAGAUCUUCAAGUCUGUGCUGAGGAUGCCCUCUGAGCAGGGACGGCACAAAGUCUUCUCCACGUGCCUCCCUCACCUGGCCGUGGUCUUUCUGUUUCUCAGCACUGGCAUGUGUGCCUACCUGAAGCCCCCCUCCAUCUCCUCUCCAUCCCUGGACCUUGUGAUGGCUUUCCUGUACUCGGUGAUGCCCCCAGCAGUGAACCCCGUCAUCUACAGCAUGAGGAACCAGGAGCUCAAGAAUGCCAUUAGGAAAGUGAUGUCAUGGAUGUUUGUAAGGAUGUGUUGA